AUGACAGUAUCGCUUGGUGAGGUUGCAAACCAUUCUUACGUCGAUCGCGAACUUUCUGCGACCCUGGACUCCACCGACGCUUUCGAGGGCCCUGAAAAGCUUUUGGAAAUCUGGUUCUACAAAACUGCAAGUUCCGUUCCUGACAAGAACAAGACUUUGCGCUCCCUUGAUUUCAACACUUGGGUUAACUUGUUGAAAUUGGUGAAAUGCCAGGUCCUGUCUAUCAAGCAGACCGACAAAAUGAAUGCGUUUUUGCUAAGUGAGUCGUCUCUAUUUGUCUUUGAUCACAAACUGACCCUCAAGACGUGUGGUACUACGACUACACUUUUGUGUUUGGAGGAGCUUUUCAGUGCUGUGCGGGAGCGUAUUGGCUGGAAUUUCUCAUUGAAGCAUAAGGUGAACCCUUACAAAGUGUUCUACUCGAGACGCUGCUUCAUGUUUCCAAAGAGGCAGCAAGGUAUUCACCGGAACUGGGACGAUGAAACUCAGUACCUGGACCGAUUUUUUGCCAAUGGAAAGAGCUACUUGGUGGGCCGUAUGGGCCAAGCAAGCCACUGGAAUUUGUACGUGACCGAAACGAAUCAGGAGCUAGGAAAAGGAAAUGAGGAUCAAGACGACGACGAAGAUGACGAAACUAUGGAAAUGCUCAUGACCGGGCUGCGCCCUACCAACGCUUCACAGUUUGUGACCUCUCGAGAGCCAGGCCAUUUCGUGAAAGGCGAUGGAGAGGACGAAGGACAUGUUUUGGGCGCGAAAGUUACGCGGUCUACGGGGCUGGACCGAGUUUACGAUAACAUUCAAAAUUCAGAUUUCCAGCAGGAUGCAUUUGCGUUUACACCGUGUGGCUACUCUGCAAACAUCACCUUGGAUCACGAAUACUACUAUACGUUGCACGUGACCCCGGAGGACGGCUGGUCCUACGCGUCUUUUGAGAGUAACGUUCCGGUGCGUCAGAUCUCUCAAAAUUCGCAGGACAAUGUUGCCGUCAUGCAGCGUGUAUUGGCCAUUUUCCAACCUUCCGAUUUUUGUUUGACCUUCUUUUCUCGCCACGUACAAAACGACAACUUUGUCAAACUUGGCAAACUCACCGGUAUGCUAGCCAACUAUGUUUGUCAAGACAAGAUCGUUUACGAGUUGGACGAUUACCAUCUUCUGUAUUUGAGAUUUGAGCGUCUCAAUUGA